GUCACAAGGGCGCCGCUUCCGCUUCCGGUUCACACGCUCUCUUGCGGCGGACGCGGUCCUCUUUGGUGGCCCAUUGGCACCGCCCACUGCACCGGGCGGUACCGAACGGCGCCGGGCACAACCGGUGGUCCAAAGUGAGGCACAUCAAAGGCCAAAGGGACGGGCAGAGGGCGGCGCUGAUCCAAAGGCUGUGCGCGAGGCUGAGGGCCGCGGCCAUGGAUGGGGGUCCGGACCCCGCAGUGAACGCGGCGUUGGCGCAGGCGGUGGCGCAGUGCAGGGCCAGCAACGUCCCCAAGGCCUCCAUCAUGGCCGCCAUCAGCGCCGCGAAGCCGCAGUGUUCGGAGCGCCGCCUAUUGGCCGUUCGGGGUCCGGGCGGUUCCCGCAUCGUCGUCGUCUACGACGGCCGCGAGGGGGCGCUGCUGAGCUGCGUCAAACGGCUGCUGCACAGAGAGGGGGCUGCUCUGUCGGAGGUUCCCCGCGGCGCCUUUGAGGAGCGGGGUUGGAUCCGAACUGCGCCCCAUAGCGCCGCCGGCUGCCCCAUAGCAGAGAGCACAGAGAGCCAUAGGGACACAGUGGGACACACAGAGACCCUAUGGAACCCACAGAGCCCCAUAGAAAUCCCAUAGAGAACCCAUAGCCCCCAUAGAGACCCCAUAGAGCCCCAUAGGGCCCCAUAGAGACCCCAUAGAGCCCCAUAGGGCCCAAUAGAGCCCCAUACUGACUC